CUCACAUGCAAUAAAUUUUUUCGCGGAUUCUAUUUUGAAAAUUUAGUAGUUUUACGGGCCAUAUUCAACCCCUUUUGAGCUCUUUAUCAUAGAUUUAUUUUCGUCUUUGGUUUUAAAUGACGUUCUUGCCUAUACAGCUUGAAGAAGUGGCAGAUAUUGAAAGAAUAUCUGAAUCACAAACAAAGAGAUAGCGCCAGUCAUCUUGACUUGGUUCCUGUGUUGUGAAUUAUCCCCCACAUGAUACAGUAGACAGUGUAAUUUACGAAAACAUACGGCGACGUGAAACAAGACUAGGAUGGGGAAGCCAAAGAAAGGGAAAAAGAAAGACGCCGACUGGGAAAGAAAAAUGCUGGUGGCAGGUUUCAAGGUCUUGAUAUUGAAGAUGAUGUGGCUGUGGAAAAUGAUGGAAAUGAAGAUGUAUUGGAAACAGUGACAAGUUCAAAGAAAAACAAAAAAGACAAGAAAAAGCAACAAUUUGAGACUGAAGCAGAAAUUGAACAAAUCACUUCCAAGGAUGAUAGCAAAAGUGAAAAUGAUACUUUGGAUACAAAUAAUGAUGAUGAGAUUUUAGAUGAAUCCAAUGUCACCACUUCUAAAAAGUCUAAGAAGAAAAAAAAAGACAAAAAGGAUUUUGACCUAGAUUUGGAGGACGAUUCAGGAGAUGAGAAAGUGAAACCUGUCCAGAAGCCAGAUACUGUAGCACAGAAACCUGACACUACUCUUGAUGAUUCUGGUACAACAAUAAAAACAGCAGCACAAAAGAGAGCUGAAAAGAAAGAAAGGGAGAAAAAGAAAAAGGAAGCUGAAAAAGCCAAGGCAAAAGCAAAAGCUACGAAAGAGGUAACUAAAGGAGAAGCCAAGGAGGAGGACAAAAGUGGGGAAGGAAAUAGUGAAACCCAAGCAGAACCCAGCUGUGAAGAUAAGGGAGCAGGUGCUGGUAAUAUGGAAGCCGACCAGACAGCACCUGUUAAUAACCUUGAAGACAAUGGUGAAGACCAAGAAGGUGAAGAGGAUGGAGAGGAAAAGGAUAAAAAGAAAAAGAAAAAGAAGAAAAAAGGAGAGAAAGAAGAGAAGAAAACAAAGAAGCCCAACAAAGCAUUGGUGAAACAGAUGCAGGAGCAGCUGGAGAAACUCAAGUUGGAGGAAGAAAGAAGAAAACAAGAAGAAGAGGAAAAACAAAGAGCACUUGAAGAGGCAGAGAACAGGAGACUUGAGAAGUUAAGACUUGAACAGGAGAGGAAAGAGAAGAAAAAACAGAAAGAGAAGGAGAAGAAAGAGAGGCUUAAAAAGGAAGGAAAACUCCUCACUAAAUCACAGCGGCAACAACGAGCACAAGCCCAAGCCAUGCUGGACUCAAUGAAAAAACAAGGUCUAAUCAAUAUUCCGGCACUGAAUCAACAAGAGCAAGAUGGAGUAAGGAAGCCAGUGAGGUAUGGUACAAAAAAACCUAAGAAACAGCUGCAGCAGCAGCAGCAACAAGAUCAGGAAGAAACAGUGCAGGUUGAGGCUGAGGAUAUUGCUGAAACAACUGAAGGGACAACUGUUGAAGAGGAAGACAAGAAAUCUGAAGAGCAACAGGAUGAUGACGAUGAAAACGAUGAACAAGAAGAAGACAAAGAUGAAGAAGAAGACGACGAGGAAGAAGAUGAGGUUAAGGAUUCUUGGGAGGUUGAUUCUGAUGAAGAAUCAGAGGAAAGUACUGCUGUUAAAGAUUCUCAUACCAAACCAGCUGACACCGUUCAGGUGGAAGUCAAAGAGCCAAUAGAUGCAGCUGCCGAGAGUGAAGAAGAAUCUGAGGGGAGUGAGGAAAGUGAAGAAGGAAGUGAUUCUGAGGAGAAUGACGAUGACAGUGACAGUGAGGAAGAGUCGGAGGACGAGGAAAGCAAAACAGAGACCGUACGGGAAAGAAUACAGAUUCGUCAUACCCAUGUCCAAGACGGAGAGGCUGGUGGGAUCACGCAACAGAUCGGUGCUACUAUGGUGCCUGUAGAUGCCAUUAGAGAGCAGACUAAGAUGAUUAAAGAAUUCCAGUCUUUUGACGUAAAGCUUCCUGGUCUUCUUAUUAUCGACACACCAGGGCACGAGUCAUUUAGUAAUUUACGAUCCCGUGGUUCAUCGCUGUGUGAUAUGGCGAUUCUAGUGGUAGACAUUAUGCACGGCUUGGAGCCCCAAACCAUCGAGUCACUUAACCUGUUAAAGAAGAGGAAGACUCCUUUUAUAGUGGCACUGAAUAAGGUCAAAUCGCUGCCUGGUCUUGGUACCACCAUAGAUUUAAUCCUGGUGAAUGGGAAACUCAAAGAAGGGGACACAGUGAUUGUGGCCGGAAUCGAGGGUCCCAUUGUGACCCAAAUUAGGGCCCUUCUCACGCCUCAGCCCCUCAAAGAGUUACGGGUUAAAAACCAGUAUAUUAACAACAAGGAACUAAAGGGGGCUCAGGGAGUUAAAAUCGCUGCAAAGGACCUGGAAAAGGCCCUUGCUGGUAUACCACUGUUUGUUGCCCAGCAACCAGAUGAAGUGGAUUAUUGGAAGAAUGAAGUGGCCACUUUAUUGCGUGACACUCUACAAUCUAUCAAGUUGUCUGACCGUGGUGUGUAUGUACAAGCCUCUACCUUGGGAUCUCUGGAAGCUUUACUUGAAUUUCUGCGCACUUCAAAAAUUCCCUACUCCGGAGUAAACAUUGGUCCAGUUCACAAGAAGGACAUCAUGAAAUGUUCCACCAUGUUGGAGCACGAUAGCCAAUACGCUGUGAUCCUGGCCUUUGAUGUACGGAUAGAAAGAGAAGCACAAGAAAUGGCUGACAGUUUGGGCGUGAAAGUGUUUUCCGCCGACAUCAUAUAUCACUUGUUUGAUAAAUUUACAGCAUAUAGAGAGGAUCUCAAACAAAAGAAGCGAGAAGAGUUCAAACACAUCGCAGUGUUUCCGUGUAAGCUUCGAAUCAUGCCACAGCACAUUUUUAACUCUCGUGGCCCGAUUGUCGUCGGUGUGAUUGUGGAGGCCGGUGUAAUAAAGGAAGGGACACCAAUAACGAUUCCAAGUAAAGAGUUUUUGGACGUCGGUGUCCUCACUGGUAUUGAAGCAAACCACAAGCCGCUUACUGAAGCUCGUAAAGGAAUGGAGGUGUGUGUCAAGAUCGAGUCUCCUUCAGGGGAGGCCCCCAAAAUGUACGGGCGGCAUUUUGAUCACACGGACCUGUUGGUCAGCAAGAUAAGCCGGGAGUCUAUCGAUGCUGUGAAGAAUUACUUCAGGGAAGAUUUACAGAAAUCCGACUGGCAGCUCAUGAUCGAACUCAAGAGAAUCUUUGAAAUUAUAUAAAUACGGGAUGAAGAGUGUCCAGAGACUUCAAGUUUUCAAUCGUAUUUAGUGGCUAGGGAUCUGUAAGCAUCUCUAAAAGUUUCUAGAAUCCGUUCGGGAAAGGUUGCCAGGUUGUGGGGGAAGAUUGGUCACCAUUUUUGUAGCAACUUCUUCCGACUGCAGCCUCGAAUUCAGAGCGCGGUUUGCUUUCGUUGUACUCUCCUCAAAAAUCUUGUGUCACGCCUAAGUAUUCUGUCCGCUCUAUCAAAGUACUGGGUGCAUCACUGAUUACAUUUUGGGAACGUGAAACUCUGACUCGAAAGACAAUCAUUGCUCAAUCAGAAAUGCGCAUGCGAUGUUGGGCUGGUGCUCUAUAGCGAAUCCUCUUUAAUUACAAGACCCCCCCUGUCCUGGAUGUUGUAGUAUUUAAUUUUUGCGGAUGUGGAACCUUCUUCGGGACUAGGAAAAUAUCUCCUGGUUGGAAGAGUCCCUUUGGUAAAGUUAAUAAAAACAAAGGUUGUUAGAUAAUGUUUUCAGUUGGUUCUUAAGUCCCUUGAGAGAAGGUGCGCGCCGACUGUAGGGGCCCUUGAAGAGAGAUUCCAGUGGAUGACAACCAGUACUGUGUCAUAUUGUGCGGCUCGUAUAGUUUGCCAGUUGCCCAAACUCAUUACGCACUUUCCAACUUUAUGUUCAGAUACGUAAGAUGAUUUGUAACGAAGUCAGAUAAUUAAUGGUGCAUUAAAUAUCCGCAAAAUUUCG